AUGCAGCGAUACGGGAGGGGCGACCCUCAGGAGAGAGAACCUCUGGAUGCCUCACACGCCUACGACACACCUACCAGAGGUGCCGGCGCGAACGCUUACAAUUACAACUAUGCCAGGGAGGAAUCACCAUAUUACGACGACGCCUCACCACGACGACCACAAGACGCAUAUGCCUCGAGCAGGAUGCAACAGCAUCAACAGCCCCAACAACCCUACCAGGCGUAUCAACCUUAUGUAGAGCAGGACGAUGCUUCAUCUGGCAGUCAUAGCUACGGCCACGAGGAAGCCGUGCCCCCACCACCACGACACAAUGAUUUCAGCACAUACAAUCGAAGUCCUACGCGGAAUCCCCAGGGCCAACCUUACGCACAACACGUAGCUCAGAGUAAUAUUACGCCAGGGGCAGACAAUUUCAGUGAGCAUGCUGCUGGAGGCAUGGCCGGAAUCGCCUACUCCGUCGCUGAUCACAACGCACGCGAGAGUGGAAUGGAGGCUUCCAGAGAAACUGGACAUCUCCCACCUCCUCCUUCACGGACUCAAUAUCCUAGUCCCCCUGGUGCUGGAUACAACAGCUCGCAACCCGGUGGCUAUGCGCCAGAAACUGUAUACAACCGUGGACCGGGGCAACACCAGCUUCCAGAGCAAGGUUCCGGCUCAACCCUUAACCCGUUUGGCACGCCAUCAGCUACACAUUCUCCGGCAAGAAGUAUGCGAAGCUUUGGGGGCGAGUCGUUUGGGGAUGAGCACUACCAAGGAAUGCCGGCCAACGGACACAGAUACCAUGACGCCAGCUUAGGGGUAGUUAACCCUAACGAUAUUGUCGACGACGGUGAUGACGGUCUGCACUAUAGUAGACACAGCCAGCGAAACUCCAUGCUCAGCUUGCCUCCGUCUGAUCGAGGGCGACCAGGAAUUGGUCCUGCGGCGGCUGCGGCUGCCGGUGCUGGAGCGGCAACGGCUGGAGGCGUGUUGGGCCGAAGUGGCCUUGGACCAAGUGAUUCUGAACUUGCGCGAGAGAAACCAGCUAAUUGGGUAGCCAAAGACAAGGGUCGGAGCAAGAAGUGGAAGUGGCUCGUGAUCAUUCUUGUCUUCCUUGUAGUUGCUGGGGCCAUCGUAGGUGGAGUUGUUGGAAGUAUGAUUGCUGGCAACAAAAAGUCGGGUGGCAAUGGCGGUGGUGGCGGCUCGGCGGCCGACGAUACAAACAAGAAUGGUGACCUUGAUAUUAACAGCAAGGAGAUUAAGGCACUGCUCAACAACAAGGACCUCCACAAGGUGUUUCCCGGGAUGGACUACACGCCUCUCAACACCCAAUAUCCUGACUGCAUACACAACCCGCCUUCGCAAAACAACAUCACCCGCGAUGUCGCCGUGCUUAGCCAGCUGACCAACAAGAUCCGGCUAUAUGGUACCGAUUGCAAUCAAACCCAGAUGGUCAUUCACGCAGUCAACCAGCUCAAGAUGCAGAACGAUAUCAAAAUUUGGCUCGGUGUAUGGCAGGACGGCAAUACGACGACCAACACACGACAGCUGGCGCAGAUGUGGGAUAUUCUGGACCAGUAUGGUGAAAAGCCAUUCGAAGGCAUUAUUGUUGCCAACGAAAUCCUGUUCCGCAAAGAGAUGACUAUCACUCAGCUCGGCACCAUUCUGGAUGGCGUUCGUACAAAUUUGACCAGCAAAAACAUCAAGUUGCCUGUGGCAUCGUCAGACCUUGGUGACAACUGGACCGAAGGACUAGCCGAUAAGAGCGACUACGUCAUGGCCAACAUACAUCCGUUCUUUGCCGGGGUACAGGCAGCCGACGCCGCCGCUUGGACGUACAACUUUUGGAGUACUAAGGAUAAGCAAUAUUGGAAGUCCGACAAGUCAAAGAACGUCAUUUCUGAGACGGGAUGGCCGAGUGAUGGCGGCACAGACUGCGGAGGUGCCACCACAUGCACAACCGGCGCGGUAGCGAGCAUCGACAAUAUGAAUCAGUUCAUGAACGACUGGGUCUGUCAAGCGCUCACAAAUGGCACCAACUACUUUUGGUUCGAGGCAUUCGACGAGCCCUGGAAGGUUCGCUUCAAUGAGAAAGGCAAGGAGUGGGAAGACAAAUGGGGUCUCAUGGACGUCAACCGCAAGCUCAAAGACGGUGUAAAGAUACCUGACUGUGGCGGCAAGACUGUAUAA